UACAGCAGGUCAAUCGUCGUCGUCGUCGUCGUCGUCGUCGUCAACGUCGACAAAAGUUUCCUGAUCAAUCCUUAUCAAAAUUGCGUGGAAUACUGGAAAAGAUAUUUCGAAAAUUUCCCUCCAACUCGCCUGUCGUGGAACGUGUCGAAUGAGUAGUAAUAAUUGAUAAUGAGCCAGCGAUAGUUUUCUUUCCUCUUUUUUUUGUACAAAAGAUGACUCAAAAAGUCACUUUUGCAGGCCCAGUGUUGCCAGCGGAGAAAGUUCGUCGGUUUUUCCGCAAACUCCUUUGCCCAACAGCAAAACGGCAACGACUUUUUCUGUCAAACACGGAUUCGGUGAACAGAAAAUUCGUUGGACGCUUGUUUUCGUAAAAGUUGCUCUGGUUUCACAAUUUUGCGUGCUUGUCCAGUGUUUGGUAGUAAUGGAAUCCAGCGCAACCAUCGCUAAAAUAUUCCUGCUGCAGGAGGAUCGAGAGAAAAGCUUCAAACACUGGCCCUACAAGGACGACAAAAAAUGCAGCAUCCGAAAGAUGGCCGAGGCGGGUUUCUACUGGCAUGGAACGGAACAGGAGAUCGACAUUGCCGCUUGCUUUGUGUGUGGCAAGGAACUGGACGGUUGGGAGGAGUCGGACGAUCCGUGGGUCGAACACCAGAAACAUGCACCCCAGUGCGCGUUCGUUAAGUAUGGGCGAGCCGAAAGCGAUUUAACGUGCGAAGAGUUUGGCAACCUCAUGAUGGCCACCAUGAAGAUGCGGCUCCAGAACAAGUACACUCAGAUGAAGACGAACGCCAAAAUGUUCACGGAAAAGAAACGCAAAGAGAUGGAAAAACUUUUAAGGACACAGUAGCCUCCGACGCCACGAGCCAACACGCUGUAUAUGUUAAGUAUUGAACUAUGAUAGGACCAUAUUUGAAGUUAUUUGGUACGAAAACUAUGGAACAAAACAGGAGAACAGAUCGUAUUAACUGUGCCAACAUCGUGAACCCUAGGACGUUCGAUUUGUGCCUAGAAAGGAAACUCUCAAACGCAUAUUCAAGUAAACGCGAUCGUCAUAGAAACGACAUUGACGACAUGAGCCACGCAAGCAAUAUUCCAAUCAAAUGGGUUUCCGCCCUCUUUUUUAAAAUAAAUCUCGUAAAAUCCCA